AUGCAGGUCAUCCAAUGCGCCAAUGAAGGCGUUCCAAGCACUGGAGUGGAACUCAACGGAAUCCUUGUCGUAUACUCCAAAUAUCGCGCUGCUAGGGAUGGGCUAAGCGGUGUCGCGAAAUUCCACAAACGAGAUAUCUUCAGGACUGACUUGAAGCAAUACAAUACCGCCGUGAUUUUUGGUGCCGAAAAUUUGAUGAAAGACAUGGUUCCAAAACUCAGCGAAAUGAAAUCAGGCACAUCUCUGUUAGCUUGUCGCUUUCCACUACCCGAAUGCGAACAAUUUCAACAGGUCGGUCAAAUAGGAGAAGGGAUUGAUGCCGUUUAUGUUUAUCGACGGAUGUAGACAUGAAGUGUAAUGAUUAGGAAUUCUAAAUUGUUGUUUCUUGUUCAUGUUGAAC